AGCAAAACAAAAUGUCUUAAAAUAUUAUAAGCAUUUUGCAUUUGCAUUUAAAAUUAAAAUUAGCAAACGCCCGAUCAAACGUAUAUGUUGGCACUUGUUCUAACGUACACGAAUACGCACAGAUAGUACGCGCGUGGCGUGGAACGCUCGUAAAAUGAGUAAAUGUUCGAUUUGGAAAUUAACGUUGCUGACAAGUGCUAUUGUAUUUGCGUUUUACCCAACUACAACGGUUUGCUACAAAUACCUGCGAUUGCAGGAUAAUCUCUGCUCGGAUAAGUUUAUCUAUACGCUCGCCAAACCCUUUCGCGGUGAUCCAACGUUGCGCCUGACAGAGGACCAGGACUCGGCUGCCGUUAUUACACAGGCAUGGAACAUAACGUUGCCCAUUGGCGGUCACGCGACAAAUAAAAUCAAAUACGAUUGUCAGUUUCGCGUGCAACCUAAUGAGCGUCCAAGGCGCGGCAUUUACACGAUCAUAACGCGCUUAAAGUUUCGCCGCGACCCAGAAACAAACAAGUGCAUUGAUUAUAUACAAUUUACAGGAGGCAAUCGUUCGCCAAGCGAACGCAUUUGCUCUGAUAUCUCUAUAGAUGGACCGGCUGGUCGUAUGGUAUUCGAUCAACGUGAUCGUGAUAUGCUUGUUAAUAUAUUUAUUGAUAAGAGUCGGCACAUAUUUGGUCAACCGCUGGAGCUUCAUAUGGUACUAACAGCGCACUCAGAGUGCCAGCUAGCUGGCGAUUUUCUCUGCAAUCCCAAGGAUCCGUACUCUUGCAUUUCGCGGCACUUUGUGCGCGACAAUGUUACCAAUUGCAUGUAUCCGUGUCGCGACGAGGGCACCUGUUUUCAUGAUGCUAUUGCGCAUGAGGAGAUGGAUACUGCUAAUGUGGCCUUGUCGGCCAUAACAUCGCUCAUCUUCACCAUGCUGGGCGUGGGUUUUUGUGUAUGGAUCUGCUGGAAAUAUUGGAACUGUAUAACUGUGCAGCAGCACGCUCAUGAAGCCUCCGCUGCACGCUUUAAUCAGCGACGUGCUCGCUCCGACGUGCCUACAAUUGAGUUGCCCACAGCUACGGCAUAUGAUCGCGUUAUUAUUCCCGAUCUAUCGCCCAUAUCACAGGAUCGUGCACAGCAACAAGAGUCGCCAACGCCAAAGGACUCACCGCCCAGCUAUGAGUCGCUUUUUCCGGAUAGAUAAAGGCUGACGGUAGUUUGCUCCGUUUAGUGCCAGUACAUACCAAAAA